UGCUGUCAAAUUCAAACUAUUUGUCAAAAAUGGCUGAACGGAAAAGAUAAUUUACAUUUUUGAAAUGUUAACCGCCGACUUGCCGGCAAUGGUCGAGCAAUAACCAUUUUUAAUCAUGGCCGGUACUGUGGCCAAAGCGUUAUUCGCAUUACUGUGUAACAGAGUGCGGUGCGAUGCUUCAGGCAAGGACAAUGGGUUUGGAAAGAAAUACGUCUGGGCGGGCUCCUUGGAGUCAGGUCUGCAGAUGGCCAUGAGCCACAGGAAGCCUCUGAUGGUGAUAAUACACAAGUCCUGGUGCUCGGCGUGUAAGAAACUGAAGCCGCAGUUCGCGAGCUCUACCGAGAUACAAACUUUGAGCAAACACUUUGUUAUGGUGAAUAUAGUUGAUGAGGAAGAGCCGAAUAACAAUGUGUUAGCACCUGAUGGUACUUAUAUACCUAGAAUCCUGUUCCUCUCACCAAAAGGUUUAGUCGACAAAGACAUAUACAACGAAGAAGGGAGCAACCAGCACAAAUACUUCUACAGUAGACCGGAGCAGAUAGCCAAGUCCAUGAGAAAGGUGCUGGACAAAUACAAACACGAACAAUUCGAUGUAUGAGGACUUUAAGACGCUCUUAUUUUAUAAGUGAAAGAAACAUCAGAACUCAAAUUCAUCGUUAUCCAUCACGUGUAAAAUAAAGUAUAUGUAAAA